AUGGUCUCCCCGUCACAGUCUCGAUCACGUCGACCUUCUUCUGUCAGCUCAGGCACAGCAAGGUCCGAUCGUCCAAGCAAAUCUCGACCUUCCAUUCCACGAGCAACAGCGGCUGCACCAUCAACGACUUCUUCUCGAUUAACUACAGCAACAGCUUACGCUCAGCAACAACAACAACGUCGUGCUCAAUCCUUUUCCACCGUAGCCUCAACUACCGAUCUCGAUUUACGUCGUCCAUCAGCUCCCGCACCUCGUAUCAAUAAAUGCCCUAGCCCAACCCCCCGUCUAUCCAUUGCCGACAAGUUCAUGUCGGCCAACUACAGUCAAACCCGGAGCGUUUCACCAGCACCUUCCAUCACGGCUAUUUCCAUCACCUCCACUUCUUAUUCCGAUAAUCCUGCAGGCAGGCUAUCCGUAGCAGAUAGGUUUAUGCCGACUCCAUCGAGCGAUCAUGGUUCUGUUGGAGGACGGGAUCGAUCCUCCUCCAGCUUUUCAGGACGCACGUUAUCCGUCAAUGCCGCCUCAGCAGCCGAUCCCGAGCGCCUCACCAUAGCAAGAGCGUUUAUGCAAUCGCCGUCUCCACAGAGUACACCGAAUAGGGAUCGAUCUCGCUCGCUGGUCGACGCAGGUGAGAAUAUUCAUCCGACUCAACCUGAGCCGGUUCAUCCCCUUGAUGCGCCUAGUAUAUUUGAUACCAAUCUUCUCCCGCUUGAUCUUUCACUACCGACCCCUACUGGGUCAGUUCGUGGAGAGCACUACAACGCUCGACCAUGGGGAAGUCAGGAGACACUGGUUCAAAUUGAAAAGAAGAAAUCCAGCACGGAGAGCGAGAAAUAUUACGAAGAAAAAUAUAUGGGGGCUCGACCUUACUCAUUCGGAGAUUACUACGGUGCACCGCAGGAUCCCGCUCUGAGUGAUGCUUGCUCAGCAGUUCAAAAAAUCGACUACGCUGACGACCGGGAUAAUGAAUCAAUUGGAGACCAUGAUCAAGAUCAUGAGCGAGAUAAUCAUCGAAAGCAUAGCCGAUGGCAGAAUAUGGCGGCCGAAGAAGAAGGAGACGAGAUCCCGCAGCGUGGUAUGUGGGUCGGUUGUUGCUUUAUCAGCUGUGGCCCACAGCAACCGCAACCUGCGCGAAAAAUAAAUAACAAAAAAUCCGCCAAGAAGAGCCGUCGAUGUGGACGUCGUAGUUGGGUGUUUGGAACGUUUAUCAGCAUGUUACUCUUACUGGCGGUCUCGUACGUCUUGUGGCCUCGAACUCCAUUGAUGCGGGUGGAAGGUGCCUCGCUCACGACCGCACCCAAAGUGUCCAAGACUCGCCAAGGAGUGAUGGUUGGCAAUGUGGCCUUUGAAAGCGAAUGGCUCGUCAAUGUCACGGUAGAUAAUCGUCAGAAUCAUGUUCCCACUCGCUUAGUCAAAGUGCAGUCCCUUGUUAAAGACGCAUUAACUGGCGUCGUCAUUGGGAAAGGCGUAGGCAACGACGAUGCCAAUGCUGAAGUCAUUUUAUUACCACCGCAUGCUAUUUCCACUAUCCAACUACCGAUAGUACUAGAUUACCAGGCCCGGGACGAAACGGACACUACCUUUUCCAGUCUUGUGAAAGCGUGCACACCUCAACCAACGGAUCCAGCCGAUCACAAUAAUAUCAAUAAUUCCACUACAGCCCAUCCUCACUUACAACGCGAGUCGCUGCAGCUGCAUUUUUGGAUCACUCUGCACAUUUUUGGUCUCGAAUGGUUCGGUUACAAACCGACAGUGGUUGCUACGCCUGCAACCGGUGGGUUUGCAUGUCCCUUAUUUACGUGA